UUACCAUUCCGUUCCGUUCCACUCGGUGCCUCUGCCCGAACUCCGACGCCGCCUUAUCGCCUCACUCACCAAGUGCUCGGCGCAAUCCCCCACCGGGAGGCCGCCAUGCCGGAGGGCAAAGGCGCCGCGUGCAGCGCGGCGGAGAAGGUGAAGCCGGCGGCCAGCCCCGCGGCGGAGGAUCCGGCCGCCAUCGCUGGCAACAUCUCCUACCACGCGCAGUACAGCCCCCACUUCUCGCCGCUCGCGUUCGGCCCCGAGCAGGCCUUCUACUCCACCGCCGAGAGCGUCCGCGACCACCUCGUCCAGAGAUGGAACGAGACGUACUUGCAUUUCCACAAGACGGAUCCGAAGCAGACGUACUACCUCUCCAUGGAGUACUUGCAGGGCCGCGCGCUCACCAAUGCCGUCGGUAACCUCGGCAUCACCGGCGCCUACGCGGAGGCCGUGAAGAAGUUCGGGUACGAGCUUGAGGCCCUCGCUGGGCAGGAGAAAGAUGCAGCUCUGGGAAAUGGUGGCUUGGGUAGGCUCGCAUCUUGCUUUUUGGAUUCAAUGGCAACACUGAAUCUGCCUGCUUGGGGCUAUGGCCUGCGGUACCGAUAUGGUCUGUUUAAACAACACAUCGCUAAGGAAGGCCAAGAAGAAAUUGCUGAAGAUUGGCUUGAGAAGUUUAGCCCAUGGGAGAUUGUCAGGCAUGACAUUGUAUACCCAAUCAGGUUUUUUGGCCACGUUGAGAUUUCGCCAAAUGGAUCUCGUAAAUGGGCAGGAGGAGAAGUUCUCAGUGCUUUGGCAUGCGAUGUGCCAAUUCCUGGGUACAAGACGAAAAAUGCAAUCAGUCUUCGUCUUUGGGAUGCAAAAGCUACCGCAGAGGAUUUCAACUUAUUUCAAUUCAACGAUGGUCAGUAUGAGUCCGCUGCUCAACUUCAUGCUAGGGCACAACAGAUCUGUGCUGUUCUCUAUCCCGGUGAUGCUACAGAAGAAGGAAAGCUUCUCAGACUAAAGCAGCAGUAUUUCCUUUGCAGCGCAGCACUCCAGGAUAUUAUUUUCAGGUUUAAAGAAAGGAAGUCUGACAGAGUUUCUGGAAAAUGGAGCGAGUUCCCUGCAAAAGUUGCUGUUCAAUUGAAUGACACUCACCCAACUCUUGCUAUUCCUGAGCUGAUGAGGUUGCUUAUGGAUGAGGAGGGACUUGGCUGGGACGAAGCAUGGGAUGUCACAAAUAAGACAAUUGCCUACACCAAUCAUACUGUUCUUCCUGAAGCCCUUGAGAAAUGGUCACAAACUGUAAUGAGGAAAUUACUUCCACGCCACAUGGAAAUUAUUGAGGAAAUUGACAAACGGUUCAAAGAAUUGGUAAUCUCCACCCGGAAGGAAAUGGAGGGAAAGCUUGAUUCGAUGAGAAUCUUAGACAACUCAAAUCCCCAGAAGCCAGUAGUGCGCAUGGCAAAUUUGUGUGUAGUAUCUGCCCAUACGGUGAAUGGAGUGGCUGAGUUACACAGUAACAUUUUGAAGGAAGAGCUUUUUGCAGACUAUGUCUCUAUAUGGCCUAAAAAAUUUCAGAACAAAACAAAUGGAAUUACACCCCGUAGAUGGCUCCGCUUUUGCAAUCCAGAGUUGAGUGAAAUAGUGACGAAAUGGCUAAAAACAGAUCAGUGGACAAGUAACCUUGAUCUUCUUACUGGACUUCGGAAAUUUGCAGAUGAUGAAAAACUUCAUUCUGAGUGGGCAUCAGCUAAGUUGGCUAGCAAAAAACGCCUAGCUAAGCACGUGUUGGAUGUGACAGGUGUUACAAUUGACCCGAAUAGCCUUUUUGAUAUACAAAUUAAACGCAUUCAUGAGUACAAGAGACAGCUACUAAACAUUUUGGGAGCUGUUUACAGAUACAAGAAGUUAAAGGAAAUGAGUGCAGAAGAGAAACAAAAGGUUACACCACGCACUAUCAUGAUAGGGGGGAAAGCAUUUGCGACUUACACCAAUGCCAAAAGAAUAGUGAAAUUGGUAAACGACGUUGGUGCUGUGGUGAACAAUGAUCCUGACGUUAAUAAAUACCUAAAGGUUGUGUUCAUUCCAAAUUACAAUGUAUCAGUGGCUGAGGUCCUCAUUCCUGGUAGUGAACUAUCACAGCACAUCAGUACCGCUGGCAUGGAAGCAAGUGGAACGAGUAAUAUGAAAUUCUCUCUGAAUGGUUGUGUUAUUAUUGGAACUCUUGACGGAGCUAAUGUUGAGAUAAGAGAGGAAGUGGGAGAGGAUAAUUUCUUCCUUUUUGGUGCCAAGGCAGAUCAAGUUGCUGGGCUGAGGAAGGAUAGAGAGAAUGGCCUGUUCAAACCAGAUCCACGUUUUGAAGAAGCCAAGCAGUUUAUAAGGAGUGGUGCUUUUGGCAGCUAUGAUUAUGCUCCUCUCUUGGACUCUCUUGAAGGAAAUUCAGGAUUUGGGCGUGGUGAUUAUUUCCUCGUUGGCUAUGAUUUCCCAAGCUAUAUUGAUGCACAGGCCAAGGUUGAUGAAGCCUACAAGGAUAAGAAAAAAUGGAUCAAGAUGUCUAUACUGAACACAGCUGGAAGUGGCAAAUUCAGCAGCGAUCGUACUAUCGCCCAGUAUGCAAAGGAAAUAUGGGGCAUCACUGCUAGCCCUGUUCCCUAAAGACGAGAUGCGUCAAGAUAAAGUUCGUCAAGUUCGAUGCUACACUAGUCGAUAAUAAGGAUUAGAUAACGAUCCACGGUGAAUAAAAACACCUGCUUCCGUUGUAGCUGGAGCACGAAGAACCCAGCAACGAAUGAAGCUUGCAAUGAUGCUUAUCUUGCUACACUUGCUUUUAUAUGUGCGCUGGAAAACGCAACUCUUCUUUUCUUUUAUAUUAUGUAUUUUGUCCGGCAUAAAGAUACUUGUGAGAUGUACUGGAUGGAAUCUUCCGUCACAAAAUAAAACGAAUCAAUUUUUUGGUUAUC